CUACACUCAUUUAACAUCAAAACCAUUUUCAUGUUCAAUAUGUCAUCGAGGCUUUUGUCAAUCACGUUCAUUAGAAAAUCAUAAACGUUCAAACCAUCCAAUUAAAAAAGAUGAAACCGGUACAAAAUUCAAUGAUAAUCAUUCGACUAGAUUGAUUUAUACAACAGCUAAUAUUAUUCCUAUAAAUGACAUGAAUACUACUACUACUACUACUACUAAUAAUAAUAAUAAUAAUAAUAAUAAUAGUAGUAGUAGUAGUAGUAGUAGUAGUACUAGUACUAGUAUGAAUACCUGUACUACAAAUUGUGACGUGAUCAACAUAAUAAGAAAUAAUAAGGCGGUAUAA